AUGCUUUUGCUGCUCAUAUACACUGUCUCUGCUGUCAAGCUCGCUGGCACCUAUGCCAACAACAUUAACGCAUCGCCGAAAACAACCCCCCAAGUAAGUCCUACGACGCCCCACUUAGCUUUCAACUUUAGCUCUUCAGCUAUUCCCGUCACUGCCGACAUCGACUCCAACAAUGGACAAGUCGACAACCGCGACUAUUCCCAUGAAGAAAGUGAAGAGAGGGCUCCUACUUUGGCAGAAUUGCUAGAAGGAGUCAUUAAAGAAAGUGAACAGUCUUUGCAUGGAGCGGUUUGGCGUGCUUAUAAAGAGUUGCCUGAAAAAGAAUUUAAAGACUUGUUUAUCGCGUGCAAGAGUGAAGUUUUUGAUGCGGUUGCCGAACUUCCAGGCAGCCCCGAGGCUCAUUUCUUUAAUGGUGAAGAUUUGUUAGAGGCUCAAUCACUUACUCCCGAACAACAUGUUAACUUCGCCAAAUAUUCCAUGUACAAAGCCGUCGAAGGUUUUCGUGCCGAACAUGGCAUCUCCCAGAAAGACCUUAUGCAGAUGUACCAUGACAUCUCCCAGAAAGACGUUAUGCAGAUGCACGAUGACAUUUCUAUGUCUCCUGAUUACCGUUAA